GAUAAAAAAAAAAACCGGUAACGUGAAUUUGACACAUUUGAAACAAAAAUCAAAAAACAAGUCAAAUAUCAAAACAUGGACUUCAGUCCAACAUUAAUCAAUUAACGCUAAAUCUCUCUGAGUUCCUCCGUCGUUGGAAAUUUUGUUUCCGCAUUCAACACAUCCGACAUAACCUCAAAGUCGACAACAUGCUGAGACUCUCGGGGUUUAGCGUCGCCGCAGCUGGAGCCAAAACAGGCGAAGCUUUGAAAAAAGUCAACGAAAAAUUGACCCAGAAAGUCAGCGGAACAUUCAUUGAACGAUUCGUAAAUUAUUUAAAAAAUGUCUACAUCGAUUAUAGGGAAGUGGCGAUCCAAGUCAGGAGCGACAUCAAGCAGAAACCCGUAAAAGCGACCUUCUUUUUCACGGGGAUGGGUUUCUUAAUGUAUAGCAUGACACAUAACCCCAAUGCACAAAGCUUUCGGGCUAAAUUCAUACAGUGUUCGAAUGAAGUGUCUUUAGUAAGUUUACCCUUAGUGAAACCUGGUGCUGUUGAACAUUUGAAGUUUAUACAGACGUGUUAUAACCGUGACUUGAUCAGACAUACAAGUUUCGGGCUUUUUUCCAUCAUUUGGGUGGAUAAAUAUAGUGAUCAGUGUGAUGUAUAUGAGACGAAUUGUUCAUAUUUGAAACUGCCAUAUAGAAAGAUAGCGAGUCAGGUUAUUGAUGUUGGGUUUAUAAACAUUUGGUGGGUGAUUUCGCGUAAAAUGUUAGACUAUGAUAUAAACUAUUGAUUUUGUGAAAAAUAAAAUUGUAAAUAAACUUA